GUUGGUAAACCGCUUGCAUCGCGUACAUAGUGCAUGAAGCUUCUUCCGCGGCACAGACCUUCACAAGCCUCCGCAAGUACCACCGGCUUAGUACCACCCAAGGACGCGUCCGCGAACAAUCUCAAGAAAUUGACGGAGCCGCGGAAAUAAUACAAGCUUUGGUCUGCAGUUCCGAAAAUUUUCAAAAUGCGCGUUUUCAUAUUCGUCGCUAUUCUGUGCGCAGUGCAAGUCGAGUCGCAAUUUUGGAAGUACCCUCAGGAGUUCCUUUCGUCCUGGCUGCGCCAGGGGAAGACUGGGAGUGACAAAGUGACGACCGUCGCGCCUACCACUCUGAACCUUACCACGAGGGGGUUGCCGAAAACCACUCUGCCGGCGAAACGACCGACGAAGGCGAAAGGUACCACCGUGGAGGUCACCACGGCGAAGACGACAAUGGUGCCCUUGACGACGACGAGGAAGAUCAACGGGACGCUCACCACGAAACGAAUUUUUUCGACGUCGAGCUUCGCCACAGAGACUAGUACUUUCAUGGAGACCACGACCCACGAAGUGACGGUCACUACGGAGGAGCCAAGGGAGAAUCAAAGGACACACGAGUUCUACUUGAGCAAGAGGGAAAAGCCACAAGUUAAGAUAGCCUCGAACAUCAGCCAGAAUUUGCUGCCCUUGCCGGCUGGCGCUAGCGCUGCCUUGGUGAAACCAACAAAGUACCAUUACUACCCACACAACCAACACAUUUACCUACUUCCGGAAUGUGCAAUCCAGCAAGUUUGUAAUGCGGUGUACGUCAGGUUAAACUGGACGCAACCUCUUUGUGCUUGUCCUUCGAGAUACAGAGAUCCUUGCUCUGCGUCGCUGAAUUCGGACGAUCUGCAUACCACCGAAUUAAUGAUUGACAGAAAGUCGAGGCGUGCCCUCACUUUGGUAAAAACCUGCGAACCCACGUCUGAAAUGCGAGUUUGUCGUUCUCCUCGCGAUUGGUCCCUUCUUGCUCUCCAGAACAUUCGCACCGGUAAAUCACACUAUUUGGUGAUUUGUAGAUGUCCCGAAGUGAGCGUUUUGGAAGGUCCGAUGUCUCACGAUCAGCCGACCUAUGCCAGUGUUCCUGGUAUUAGAGUAUAUGGUAUGAUGUGCGUGGACACUAAACGUCGUGGACGACCUUUGAGGACCUCCCGAUCGGUGGAAGUCCCUCCGUUCCCGUGGGAUAAAGCAGUCGAGUUAGCUAAGUCGGCACUAUGGGAUUAAAUAUGGCGGAUUAGUGUAAUUGUGAUUUAGCGAUUUUUUAUAUGUAGACAUGAGGAAUUUUAAGCAAUUUAGCUUGUGUUCGUCCUACUUAGCAAAUGCUGAAAGUGACUUUUUUUAAAGUAAUUUAGUGAUGUUUAUGGCCAUGUUUAAAAUGUGUGUAAGUAGUGGCGAUUUUUAUCAAAUGCGUGUAAAAAUUGGUCGCUACUUUCUAGGCGAAACCGCGUUUCGAAAAUGGAGGUUUUUAGAAUGCCGUUUAGUACUUUUUUAAACAUGGCUAUAUGUGGGUUAAUACACAUAUUUCUGUAGCACGACUGUCUAACUUUUGGUGGAAGGUUCUAACAAGUUAUUUAUUUAUUUAUAUUAUUUAGAUUAUUUGAAAAAUACUCUGCUUUUAUUUAUAUUUCUGUAUAUAUGGCGCGCUAAUAAAGACAUAACGACAUA